CCCCGACUCUUGUAGCCGCAGCAGAAACCCCCUCUCCCCAGCCCAACACCCUUCGCAAAACACGCGCAGAGACAACCCACAGACUCUCGCCGCCUGAGGAAAGAUCCGCCCCCUCCCUCCGCCUCUCGCUCUCUCUAUCUGGAAAUGGGUCACUCGAGGACCCUUCUUUGUCUCUCUGCCUUCAUUCUCCUCGCUCUUUCAUCCUUCACCGCCGCCGAUGACGCCGCCGUCAUGUCCGAGCUCCUCGCCGCUCUCACCCCGGCCCCGAGCGGCUGGUCCGCCAGCACGGGCCCCUGUAGCUGGAAAAACGUGAACUGCGACGGCGGUCGUGUCACCUCCAUCAACUUGGCUUCCCAGAGUCUGUCGGGGACUCUUCCCUCUAAUCUCGGCUCUCUCACCCAGCUCACCUCUCUCUCUCUCCAAGGGAACUCCUUCUCUGGCCCCCUACCCUCCCUCGCCAACCUCUCCUCUCUCCAGAAACUCUACCUUGACAACAACAAUUUCACCUCCAUCCCCAGCGGCUUCUUCCAAGGACUCACCAGCUUGCAGACCUUGAGCUUGAGUCAGAACAUUGAUCUUGCACCCUGGACUAUCCCCAACGAGUUGACUCAGGCCACUAGCCUCGUCACGCUCUACGCCAGCAGUUCGAAUGUGGUUGGGUCCUUACCGGAUAUCUUCGACAGCUUCCCGAGUCUGACGGAUCUCCGGCUUUCAUACAACAAUCUCACUGGCCCUUUGCCUAAAUCUUUUGGAGGAUCUGGGAUUCAGAACCUCUGGCUCAACAACCAGCUAAAUGGCUUGUCGGGUACCAUCGACGUGUUGUCUUCGAUGACCCAGUUGUACCAGGUGUGGCUCCACAAGAACCAGUUCACGGGUCCGAUCCCAGAUUUGUCGAAAUGCACAAGCUUGUUCGAUCUUCAGCUCCGCGACAACCAGUUCACUGGCCUCGUCCCAGACUCAUUAAUGUCACUUCCCAGCUUGAAGAACAUUUCUUUGGCUAACAAUGAGCUCCAAGGUCCUUACCCUGCGUUCCCGUCCACUGUGACCACGGCCAAUGACGGUACCAAUAGCUACUGCAAGACCACCUCGGGGCCUUGUGAUUCACAGGUGACGGUAUUGCUCGAGGUCGCAGCGGCGUUGGGGUACCCGAUCAAGCUAGCCAGUUCCUGGCAAGGUAACGACGUCUGCGUUAGUUGGAGUUAUAUUACAUGCGAUUCGCAGAAGAAGGUUACCAACGUGAAUUUCGCGAAACUGGGUUUUGUGGGGACGAUCUCACCAGCCAUUGCGAAUCUGACAUCGUUGAGGGUUUUGAAUCUAAAUGAUAAUCACUUGACCGGUUCCAUACCUGAUAACUUGGCCUCCUUGCCGGACCUGCAGAUUUUUGACGUUUCGAACAAUAACCUUACUGGGUCGAUACCGAAAUUCACAUCAACGGUGAAGUUCAGUUCGACCGGCAAUCCGCUGCUUGGGACGACUACUCCGAGCCCUGGAAAUGGAGGAGGUACAUCCCCGGGUUCGAAUGGCACAACGCCUGGGAGUUCGGCCGGAACAGGGUCGGGUGGUUCUUCCGUCUCUACCGGUAUGAUUGCUGGUAUAGUUAUUGCUGUGGUGAUUUUCGUUGUGGUUGUGAUAUUUGUUUCGAUUAAAUGCUAUGUUGGUAGGCGGCAUAGGAAGUUUGGAAGGGUGGAGAACCCUGAAAAUGGAAAGGAAGUUGUUAAGAAUGGCAUAAUCGGUGGUGUGAAUGGGUAUGGAGGAGUGCCAAGUGAGUUGCAAAGCCAGAGCAGUGGUGAUCCUAGUGAUCUUCCUGUUUUCGAGGGUGGAAAUGUCGCAAUUUCAAUCCAAGUUCUUAGACAAGUCACUAACAAUUUUAGUGAAGAUAACAUUUUAGGCAGGGGGGGAUUUGGAGUUGUGUACAAAGGAGAAUUGCAUGAUGGGACUAAGAUUGCUGUGAAGAGGAUGGAAUCUGUGGCAAUGGGUAGCAAAGGAAUGAAUGAAUUUCAGGCUGAGAUUGCAGUCCUUACUAAAGUUAGGCAUAGGCAUCUGGUUGCGCUUUUAGGAUCCUGUGUCAAUGGCAAUGAGAGGCUUUUGGUGUUCGAGUAUAUGCCUCAGGGGACGUUAACACAGCAUUUGUUCGAUUGGCAAGAGAAUGGCCACUCUCCUCUUACUUGGAAGCAGAGGGUUACAAUAGCAUUGGAUGUGGGACGAGGAGUGGAGUAUCUCCACAGCCUAGCUCAACAAAGUUUCAUUCAUAGAGAUUUAAAACCCUCCAACAUACUUCUUGGGGAUGAUAUGAGGGCCAAGGUCGCAGAUUUUGGUUUGGUUAAAAAUGCGCCCGAUGGGAAGUACUCUGUGGAGACACGUUUGGCUGGGACAUUUGGCUAUCUCGCACCCGAGUAUGCAGCUACUGGUAGAGUGACAACAAAAGUGGAUGUGUAUGCUUAUGGAGUGGUUUUGAUGGAGCUGAUUACUGGUAGAAAAGCCCUGGAUGAUAGUGUGCCAGAUGAGAGGUCUCAUCUGGUCACAUGGUUCCGUCGGGUUCUAAUAAACAAGGAUAACAUACCCAAGGCCAUUGAUCAAACUCUUGACCCCGACGAAGAGACAAUGGAGAGCAUAUACAAAGUAGCUGAGCUUGCAGGACAUUGCACUGCUCGCGAGCCAUACCAAAGACCAGAUAUGGGGCAUGCAGUCAACAUCUUAAGCCCUCUUGUAGAGCAGUGGAAACCAUCUUCUCAAGAAGCAGAAGAGACCAAUGGCAUUGACUUACACAUGAGCCUUCCUCAAGCUCUUCAAAGAUGGCAAGCCAAUGAAGGUACUUCCACAGUGUUCAAUGAUAUGUCCUACUCCCAAAGUCAAUCAAGCAUCCCCUCAAAACCUUCAGGGUUUGCAGACUCGUUUGAUUCAAUGGAUUGCCGAUGAGUAGAGGGGAAAAAAAAAAAAAAAAACCUUAAAACUGGGGAGCAAGAGGGAAAGAAAAAAGGGCAGGAUCCUAAGCUGCUUGUUCUUUUUUUGUCUGUUAUUUCUGUUGUUUGUUGUUUUCUCCAUCUUUUGCUGUACUAAACCAGCAGAUGUACAAGCUUGCUGUUGUUCUGUUGAUUCUUUAAAGCUAACCAAUUUAUUUGCGAU